CUGCCCAGAUGCGAGCGCUGCGGCUAGGUGCUGAGGAACUGCAGUUGCCUGCUCGGAUCCCGCAGCCUCGCACCACUUUCUGUCGCUCAAUCCCCGUGUGUUCCGGCCUGCUGAGCAGCGGGCCCUCGCGGUGUGCGCCAUGCAUCGGGCGCGCCCCGCGCUCUGGGCCGCUGCGCUGGCCGCAUUGACGCUUCUUCGCGGGCCGCCAGUGGCGCGGGCUGGCGCGGGCGCGGUGGGCGCGGGCCCCGUAGUGCGCUGCGAGCCAUGCGACGCGCGUGCGCUGGCCCAGUGCGCGCCACCGCCCACAGCGCCCGCGUGCGCCGAGCUGGUGCGCGAGCCAGGCUGUGGCUGCUGCAUGACAUGCGCGCUGCGCGAGGGCCAGCCGUGCGGCGUCUACACUGAGCGCUGUGGCGCCGGUCUCCGCUGCCAGCCGCCGCCGGGAGAGCCGCGCCCGCUGCAGGCGCUGCUGGACGGCCGCGGGUUCUGCGCUAAUGCCAGCGCCGCUGGCCGUCUGCGCGCCUACCUGCUGCCGGCACCAUCCUCUCCAGGAAAUGCCAGUGAGUCUGAGGAGGAUCGCAGCACUGGGAGUGUGGAGAGCCAGGCAGUCCCCGGCACACACAGGGUGACCGACUCCAAAUUCCAUCCCCUCCAUACCAAAAUGGAUGUCAUCAAGAAGGGGCAUGCCAAAGAUAGCCAGCGCUACAAAGUGGACUACGAAUCACAAAGCACAGACACUCAGAAUUUCUCCUCUGAGUCCAAGCGGGAGACAGAAUAUGGUCCCUGCCGUAGAGAAAUGGAGGACACACUGAAUCACCUGAAGUUCCUCAAUGUGCUCAGUCCCAGGGGUGUGCACAUCCCAAACUGUGACAAGAAGGGAUUUUAUAAGAAAAAGCAGUGCCGCCCUUCCAAAGGCAGAAAGCGGGGCUUCUGCUGGUGCGUGGACAAGUACGGGCAGCCCCUCCCGGGCUACGACACCAAGGGGAAGGAUGACGUGCAUUGCCUCAGCAUGCAGAGCCAGUAGACUCCACUACACCAGUUAAUGUGGAGCUCAAAUACGCCUUAUUUUGCACAAAAGACUGCCAAGGACAUGAUCAGCAGCUGGCUACAACCUCCAUUUAUAUUUCUUUUGUGGUGAACUGAUUU